UUAUUUGCGGUCUUUGAAGCGACGCGAGUCGUACGCUCUCACUAUGCCGCGACCACUCCAGUUGUUUCGUGAAACGCUGUGUGAUGCGCGUGCGUCGCUACCGCGCAAUAUCGGGUGCGAACUUCGAAUCGAGCUGCCGUGUAAAUCAAGAUAAAUGACAAUGUCCAGCCAAAGAGAUCCAAAACAACGUCGUAAUGACCACUUGUUGAAGAGUCUACCCACAGAAGUAUUAUUAAAAGCAAGAAGCACACUUGUUUCUUUAAGCGGUGCAUUAAAACCAAAAAAUGAACAACUUCGACCUAAGUUAACAAAACAAGAUACAAAAGAUAAGAAGAAACACGACAGACUUAAAAGCAGCCGAUCAGAACCAGAAUUUAGUGAAAUUCGUAAAUCCAAACACAGGAGUCGAAUCGACGAUGGGUUGUCUCGAGAUUUCCAGACCAAACCAAGACCAUUAUCAGUUGGUGCUGUUAAGCGAUAUGAAGAAGUAAAUGAGUUUGAAAGUGGCAGUUUUCCGAAUGAUGUAUCUCCUAUAGGUCAAAGACAUUUUGAAUCGGCUGAAGACGUAUCCGUGCAUUCUCGAUUAGUGAUUCCUGUUUCUGAAAGAUUGGGUAGUCAAGAUAUCCAUGUGCAAGAUGGUAGUGAGAGACCACGUAAAAAGUUAUCAUUUCGUGAACCUGAAAUUGUGCCUACAGGUAACGGUGGUGGAACUGUAGGUCGGUCCAACAAGCUUAUGGGUGUAAACAGCUUAACGAGGAGACCGAAUAUGAUGUCGUUACGUCCUGAAACACAUUCUUCCCUGGAAGGAAUCGAUUCGGACUUAGAGAGCCAGGCCAUGAGGAUCGUGCGCACAGUGGGGCAAGCCUUCGAAGUGUGCCACAAAAUCCAGCAGACUAAUACACCAGACCAGCCGGCUCCAUCCACCUCGUCUGCUGUCGAUGAGCUGGUGCCCACUGAUCUGGCCAGUGAAGCUGCACCAUCCAAAGAAGCAGCUUCAGAUUGUGGAGUUUCGGACGUAGGGGGUGCGUCUACAUCGAAGGGAGUGGUGGAGGAAGGAGCAGUCGGUGGCAGCGAGCCCUCCAGGCCCACUCAUCUGGAGCUGUUGCCGCCACCGCCUAGGAAGGAGGGCAAGCGAUCUCCCAUGCGCACCACACCAGCUCCCAGCAUUGCCCUGCCAGACCUGCCGGAGUGCGUUCUGAACAUUGAUCUCUUGACCAACGGGGAGAAUACUGACGACGCGACGCCGCUCAGCGCUCAACACCAACUGCAACUGCUGAGGGAACGUCUGGAGCAGCAGGUGCAGCAGACGCGCGCUGCUGUGGCCCAGCUGUUGCUGCUGAGGGACCAGCUGGCUGCGGAACAGGCAGCGCGAUGCGAGGCUCAAGCUCGUACCCACCAGCUCCUGAUCCAUAACAAGGAGUUGUUGGAGCACAUCGCGGCCCUGGUUUCUCAUCUACAGGAGCGCGAGAGGGGCUCCUCUAGGCCUAUCAGCGCUCAGCAACUGACACUUCUGCCUCAGGUUAAAGGUGACUCUGGAUCUAAAGAAGCCCGCAAGUCCAACGCACAGGCACAAGCUGCAGUCAAUGGUAACAACAUCCAGCUCGGCACAGAUCAACUUCUCAACCUUAUCGCCCAGAACACAAAGAUGACACAAAACGUCGAGAAUAACAACAACCAAUUUUCUCCGUUCUGUACCACGCCGACAAUGCCGCAAAAUGGGCCGUUCUCCGCUCCGUCCUUCGGCGGAAUGACCAACGAACAAAUCCAAAAUUACUUGAUCUCAAAGUUCCAAGACAUGGGCGGUUUUCCCAAUGACUUCACCGAAAAGAAAAUAGCCAACCAACAAUUCUUUCAAAACUGCAACGCAUUCCCGAAUAUACCACCACUGACAAAUCACUACAGCCACACAGACAUCGCGAGUCUUCUAAAUCACAGUGUGUAUAAGCACAAAAGCAAUUCUACCGAGGAGCUGGGCGCCAUAGCCCAGGCGAUGAGCUUGGGUCACUCUGAAAAUUCGUUAUUCAGUAACAGCCAAGCUUCGACAUCUAAAGAUUCUACGCCCGAUGCGUUUAGUUCGGAUGACGGCCUGCCGUUUAUAAUGCCAUUGUCGCACAAUGGUACGCUGACGGCUACUGGUGACGAUGGCCGUGUUCGUCUGAUCGUGCCAGUGAGUCCCUCGGAGAGCGCUUCAGACGUCGCGGACCUGCCUAGCGAUACGCAAGGCCACUCGGGGGUGAGCCUCAAAGUGCCCGACCGCCUAACGGCUCCGGCGGCCCCUAUUACGCGCUCCACUAGCGAGAAAGUACCGAAUCGCAGCGAAAUGAUGACUGCGCUACGAUCCCAAUGGACAAGGCAUACUACAAAGUAAACAUUUACCAACCAAACCGUCGUUUAUUUUUCAAAUCAAAAAAUAUUAUAUCAUUCAUUAUCUGUUUCACGUCAUGGUUAAAUUGCAGUUGAAUGACUUGCGUUCAGUGCAAUCAAAGUGAUUAAUAAAAUAUUUUCCAAAAUUAAUAAAAUUAUAUAAUUUAGAAAAGAUUGAGACUUUAAAAGGUGCCAAAAAAUUAGAUACGUCACCUAAAAGAGACGUGCAUAAAAUUAGGGUAGAACAUAAAAUAAUGAAGAAUAUAUGUUUACAUAUCAAGUGAUUUUUAUUCGACGAACAUAAUGAGAAGUUGGCACAUUUUUGUAAUCAAAAACAUAUUAUUAUCUUGGCAUAUCAAAGUAAAAUAAAGAGAGAAAAAUGUUUCUUGGGUCAUAAAAAGCUUGUAAAAAUACUGGUAGCUAGUGGAGACGUGCACCCCAAUUUCUAUGUUGAACCUCUUAAAUUCACCCUGAAUAAAAUCUAUAGAAGUGUUUUCACCAGCAUUAUUAUAAAUAUAAUAGAAUUAUUAAUCAAUUAUGUACUACGUUAUCUCAAUAGUUUUGAUGUGGUGAAUUAAUAGUGUUUCUAAAGAGUCACAUUCUCAAAAAUUUUAUAUGGCAAUUCUAUGAGUUAUAAUUAAUAAAAUACAAUAUCCACGAUAUAUUGUACUUACUUCAAUUUUUUAAAAUAAAAAUAUAUUCAAUUACAUAUUGCUUUAGAAUUAACUGAAAAUAAAAAAUUGUAGGAACUGUCAUUAUAAGUACACUUACAUUAUAAAAACAGACACAAUGUGGAUGUUGCCUGGGUCAAAAAGCAAGAGUUUUAAUUA